GGGUAAUACACGAAGAGUGGAAACGGCACCGGCUUUGAGUGUUUAUUUAUGCCGAGAUUUAAAUACUUGUAAUAAUUUGUUCUCAAUACAGAUGAUGUAUAGGAUUUGGUAGCUUGGCUAAUACACUUAAUCGCCCGACAUUAUGAAUUGCGAGCGAGAAUUUAACAGAUCAAUGGCUCCAUACAAGCCUUAACGGGUACUUGAUCGCUACGCUCUCGUGUUACGUAUAUUUUUCCAAACGGAACUCUAUAACGAAAGGGAAUCGAAAAUCGACCAAAGUAGAGAUGCUUAGUGAUUGAAAGCGUGUAAAUUUGAUAGAAAAUAGUUUGGAACUAUAUCCAGUGGAAGUACAUGCAUAUCUAGUAGGUUGCACGUCAAUGAUGUAGCUGUUGAGGAUUUCAAAGUAAAACUCAGAAAAUUUAGUGUUUCAUUGUGAAUUAUGUCUAGUCUGCUUCGGGUGCAGAAACAGGAAAGUGACCUCAGCAGACGAGUUCUGUCGCCUUUGGUGGAGGAACUGGACGAAGAUGCCGAAAAUAAGCCACCGACGUUACAGGAAUUUCUUCCAGUUUAUGGAAAAGAAAAUGUUGAUGACAUAGAAGAGAGCAAUGAGGAGCAUGAUGAUUCUUUGAAUAACAAUAACCUUCAAGAAAAUGGGUUCCUGGACGCAGACGAGGAAAACGUCAGUGAUGAUGAAGAAUAUUUUACAGAGGAGAGCCUUUCUAUACACACCGAUCCCGACGAUUAUGACACGGAUUUAGAGAUUGACACAGAAUCUCUUCUGAAUCCAAAAACAAUUGACCACGACACUACAGGGAAGACAAAAUACAUCAAGAAGUGUUUUGACUUAGGGAUAAACCCCGUGUCUUACUUUGUGAAAAACUUAGAAAACAAAGAACUUAAACUUCGAUUCCACGGACUUGGUGCAGAAAGUGUUAAAGCCAUAUCGUUUCCCUUAGAGACAAACACAAACAUUGAGAUAGUAAACCUGGAGGGUAAUGGAAUCGACAGUACGGGGGCUCGAUGCUUGUGUCGCGUGCUGAGGGAAAAUCUCUUUCUAACUGAAGUGGUGCUUAGUGAGAACAAAAUUGGAACCGAAGGCGCCAUUUCAAUAUGUCAGUUUUUGAAGAGCAAUAGGAAUCUAUUAAAAGUCGAUAUGACAGCGAAUGAAAUAGGGGACCCUGCGGGGCAGUCCUUUUACGAGGUCCUGAAGGAAAACCAAACGUUAAAAGAGCUCAUUUUAGCGAACAACAGGUUAGAGGAAACCAGUGCCCGUUUCCUGAAAGACGGAAUACAAGAGAACGACCGACUGGAAAUACUGGACCUCAGCUGGAACCAUUUCAAAACAAAAGGAGCUGUAGCAAUCGCUGAAGGCCUUCAGGAAAACGUUGGUUUGAAGAAGUUCCGUUUUCAAAUGGCUGGUCUUGCAAAAGCAGGAUCAGAAGCGAUGAUGAAAGCUUUAAAACACAAUAGGACUCUGAAAGAAUUGGACAUCAGUUUUAACAGAAUCCCAGUGGAAGGUGCUACAUUUUUAGCCAGUGGGUUGAAAGAAAAUGAUGUUCUUCAGCAACUGAAGGUUGGAAACAAUCCUUUUGAAAGUGAAGGAGCUAUGGUCAUCUUGGAAUCUGUAGAUGCCAACGAAAACAGUGCAAUAAAGUACCUGGAUUUUAGUAAAAUGCUGGUGAAAGCCGAAUUUGCUACAAUUGAGGAUAAACUUCGAGAGCAAAGAAAUGUUAAGAUUAAACAUGAGGGUAUUCUACCGGAGAUGCACCCCAAGAACGGCACCUACGCCCGGCUGAGCGCCUUCAGACGGGACCCAAUAGAGACCUUCAAAAAAUACGCCGAGUUUUCAGGAGUCAAUCUCCACGAUGUCUUCAAUGGAGGACAUCGUCUACGACUAGAUGCAAACGAGUUCAAAGAUCUUAUUAAGGGUUCUGGGAUCGACAUACCAGACCAACAGCUGACUGUGCUCAUUAGGACUCUGGAUGUAGACGGAUUCGUCAACUACAAUCGAAUUCUAGACGAAAACGGAUCCGAACCCCCAUUUAGUCCCGACUCCCGAUCCUCGUCCGCUGUGAGUUUUGCUUCCGACAAAUCUGAGAGAACUGUGCCCUCCGCCAGGCGGCGCACCUCUAGUACGGACGCUGGACUGAGUACGGACAGCGGAACAAAACCCAAGUCGGCAAGGGACAAACCAAAAAAGAAGGAAAAGAAGAAAAAGAAAUGACAAGCUCCGCGUAUCAUGUCGUUGAUAACCAUGGCAUUUGUAUCUUAUGGUUUAAGGUCUGUGUUAUAAUGAUUUUCUAGUGGUUGAAACACUUUAAAGAUUCUGAUCACGUUGUUUUGACAACGAAGUUGGAUCUUCCGUCCUGCGACACAUUGUACAUCACGCGUAUAACGCAGACAUGCUGUAUUUUUGUAAUUGAAUGAUGAUGUAUUUCUUGCAUACGGUGCUUAAUGUUAUUAUGAUAUUUUGAUUUUCAUUAAUGUUCACAUUAUGGUCUUUGCAUUUUCGUGUAACAAAUACAUAACAGCAUCACAGCAGGCAUUCGUUUGUUAAAUUUCAUGUUUUCAUGAAUAAAUAUUUUACGAUUCAU